AUGGAUCACCCAGCAACUUCAGUAAGGAAUGAUUUUUUGGUGACCUGCGAAGUCGCUGGGUGCCCUGACACUGCUAAGACGUUGGAGCGAAUGUAUGGAGACGUCUAUGGUGUCUCCGACUGCGUCCUCACAGCAGCGGAAAAUCAUGUCCUGCUGUUUUCAGUGCACCAGCAGAGCGAAGGUGAACGACGACCACGGCUCCGUGGCCGAGCGUGGAUUCUGGUGGCCGACUGUGACGCUUUCGAGGGACAGCUACCACUGCAUUUGAAUGGCAGAGCAUUGGAGAUGGCCAUCCAGGUGGUGUUUCACAAGCCCAAGAGCUGUAUAGAUUGCAACGCAUUGGAGCAAACUUCUGAGCUUCCGGCAGAUUCACCGCCUGAGGAGACAGACGGCAAUGCUUUGAUCCCUGAGAUCAACCCAGAGGAGUUGGCUUUGGAGCACCCUUCUACGCUUCCCCCGGCAGAUUCACCGCCGGAAAUGGAGGUAGAGACAGCUGUGAUCGUUGCAGUGGACACAGUGGACACCCAUCACUCGGCAGAGGUGAACGAGCAGCUUGGAGUCAAAUAUGAAGCGACCGCUGAUGCUGUUGACUCCAUACUUGCUCAUUUCAUACAGGGCUAUUUCUACUCCAAGGUUUAUCGCUUGCUCGUCGAUGACCUGGUGACGGUGGCGGUGGAUGACUUGGUAGAGGCUUGGUACCGAAAUGUGGAGCCGGUGGAGAAAGCUGAGCCCAGCGCACAACGUGCGGAGGAGGAGUUCAAAGAGGAAACAGGCCCAGCGCUUUCAUUUUCAUCUCCGGAGGAGAUUGAGGUGGAGCCGGCGCUGUGUGCGCCGGAAGAUGAUGUUUCACCACCGGAAGCGGAAGGGAAACCCAAAGGGUCAGUUGGUGCAGUCAGCGCGGCCAGUGCUUCUCGCAGUGCUCGCAGAAGAGCCGAGGUAUUGGAACAGGUGGAAGAUCCACAGCUGCGAGAUCUUUGCAACAUUGCGGCCAAACGAUCUGUGCAAACACUACCAGCAGAUCUGAGAGGUCAAGCAACUUAA